AUGAAUAAGAAUAAAUUAUUAAGAGUAAAAACUUUAGAUCAUCUUUUUAAUUAUUCUCCUUAAAUUAAGUCAUAAGUUGUAGAGGACAGUUUGUCCACUAAAAAGUUUAGAGUAUUCACUUUCUCUGACAAAUUACCAUAUCAAGAGAAUAUAGGUAAAAUAUCUACACCCAAACAUAUGGUACGUUUGCAGCCCAAUAAAUCAUUCCAAAGUUUGACCAAACUAGAAAAAGCAAUUCAUUUUCACAAUAGAAAGAAUAGUUAUUAGCAUCAUACACAUCUUAAUUAACUGCUUCAUGAUGAUUAGUAUUAAAAGAUUAUAUCAAUCAAAAUGGAAGAUGAAGAUCCAUUUUUCAAAAAGGCUUCACCCUUAAAAUAAGACAUCAAACCUAAUUAGUAGAAAUAAAAGAAUAAUCUCUUAAGAAAACUAUAAGUGCAAAAAAAAUUAAGGGAUGAUGAGUAUCAACUCCAAAAUUAAGAAAAAAUUCGAUUACUCAAUUAAUAGAUUAAUCACUCUCCAGGAUCUCGAUAUUAUAAAACAUACAUACACAAACAUGGUUAUAGAUAGCCAGAAUUCUUAAAUGAUGUUGAAAUUAUUUAAUGA